AUGGCACCUAGACUCCCUCCUCCACCCCAACCUACGGAACCUGAUGCGUCCAACAACGCUAGGUUGUUGGAGACGGUGAUAGACCGCUUACAGCAACAGAACACGACACUGAUGGAACAAAAUGCCACUCUAAUGCAGCAGAAUCAGAGUGCCAUGCAGAGUUUGGAAGCUUCGCGUGCCAACUCUGAAACAACACAAAGACAACUGAUGGAGAUCUUAGCAGCGACCAGGCAUAAUUCAGGGGCGUCUUCUUCCAACGCUGCCCCGCCUACUGCCGAGUGGAGCUUGGAGAGUUUUCUCCAACACCAUCCGGCCAAAUUCAGUGGAAAAUGCCUUCCUGAUGAGGCGGACCAGUGGCUGAGAGACAUGGAACGUAUCUACAAUGCUAAGAGGUGUCCGGAUGAAAGCCGCCUGGCUUUUACAGAGUACUUACUGACUGGUGAAGCUAGCCACUGGUGGACGAGUGUGAAAGCCAUCUUAACGGACGCUCAGAAUCCCAUCACCUGGGCUGUUUUCAGAGGCAAAUUUUACGAAGAGUACUUCCCGGACAACGUUCGUUACGCUAAGGAAGUUGAGUUUCUUCAACUGGCGCAAGGAGCGAAGUCUGUGUCGGAGUAUACCAACACUUUUAAACAUCUUCUGAGGUUCAACACGAUGGCCACCAGUGAGGAGUGGCAGUGUAGGAAAUUCGAGAACGGACUGCGGAGUGAUUUGAAGGUAUUGAUUUCCAGUUUGUGCAUCCGGUCGUUCCCAGCCAUGGUUGAGAGGGCUAAAGUAUUAGAGAAAAAUAUGGCUGAGGCGGAACAACAGAAGAAACAACAGGCGUCAAGAGGACCAAUUCUGUCGAGACCUAAUGUGAAUCGGAACAGGACCCCAUACGCUCGUCCAGCUCAGUCGAGUGGUUCACAAGCUAUGGUAGUUGCUGGACAAGCAAAUCAACCGGGGCCGGUCAGAUGUUUUCAGUGCGGAGGACCCCAUUUUAGAUCAUCAUGCCCUCAGUUGGUUGGAGGGAAAUAUUGCACUCGAUGUAAAAGAAACGGUCAUCUGGAGAACGAGUGUAAUAUGGGCGGACGUGCAGUGAUGAGACCGCCGAACGCUGGAAGGACUCAGCAAGGAAGAGGUGGUCGAGCCCAAGCUGCUGGGCGUGUAUAUGCAAUCACGGGUGCGGAAGCAGCGAGUUCAGGUACACUUAUCACUAGCACGUGCUUGCUAUAUGGAAUGAAAUGUUGUGUGCUGUUUGACUCGGGGGCGACACACUCCUUCAUCUCGAAGGCGUGCGUUGAUAAGCUGGGAUUAGCUGAGAGUGAGAUGCAGUUCGACUUGGUGGUGUCAACCCCAGCGGCUGGAGAGGUUAGGACAUCUACCGUGUGCGUUAGAUGUCCUAUUGAGGUAGAAGGGCGUAGAUACAAGGUGAAUUUGAUAUGUUUGCCUCUCAAAGACUUAUAA